AUGAAAGAUUUUCCAUUAAAUGAGCUUGUGUCAGCGACAGAUCUAGAUUCCAUCAAGGUAGCCUUAGGCAAUGUCUUUGGGCAUAUGAAAAAGAUCAGAGCAACAAAAUAUCCCAUUCAACGAGCCUUAAGGUUCAUUGAAGCUAUUUCGCGUGACAUGAAUGCGCAAAUUUUGAAGGUUAGAAUCUUUGGAUUUGACUGA